AUGUUAGGGCAACAGUUGACUACGGUGUCGGAAGGCGGCUCAAGCUCGACGGUUCAGGAGCUCGACAACGAGAUGACAGCGGGAGGUUACGAAUGCGACUGCGGGACGCAGGCAUUAAUCUUCCAAGCAUGGACAGACGCAAAUCCAGGCCGACGAUUCUAUAGAUGUGGUGCGGGUAGGAGAAGCGAAUGUAACUACUUCCGAUGGAGAGACCUUGAAAAGCCACAUGGAUGGCAGAAAAAAGCACUUUUGGAAGCAAGGGACUUGAUCAAAGCACAAGAUGCAGAAAUUAAGAGACUUAGGGAGACUCAAGCUGAAGGAAUCGAAAGCUACGCCGGUGAGGUAAGUAUAGAAUAUCAGAAAAAAAUGCAGGACUUGGAGAUGGAAAAGAAAGCUUUAGAAAGCGAUUUGAAGACAAGCAAGGAGAAGGAACAAACGCUCCGCGAAGUACUCCUAAUUUCAUGGAUAGGAUUUAUUUGUAUCUUCGCGACCGUCAUCCAUGCCUUGAAGUAA